UCUUGAUAACAAUAGCUUUGAAAAUGGAAACAGAGUGUUUGUAUAUGCUAAAAAUCAUACGUAAAUUACAAGAUCCUGUGUCUCAAUAUGUAUUAGGAUGCUUACCAGCUAUAGCAACAAUUGGGAUCGCACCAUGGAGUGAUAAGAAAUCAUUGUGCAUUUAUUGGCUCUCUUCUGAUCAUUUUAUUAGAACAUGUGUCACCAAGGCAUCCGUGCUAGAGAGGUUAUCGUCGUUAGCAUCAUUAUACUAUAUAUUAAUCGGUAUAGUUUCUGGAAUAUCCAGGGUGGUUAGACCGACUAUCUGUGAUGAGGAUUGGCUAUGUAUACCAUUAGCAUUAUCUUGA